UGCGAUGACCAAAUUAAUUGCAGACACAGCUUCCCUUAAAAUCAAACACUGGGUCUAUCCAUAGUCUGAAAAAGCCCAAACAGUUGCCAUCAUGUUAUGACUGCACGCUGAGUUACAACAUGAAAAAUAAAGAGGCUCUUUGAAUCGCAUGAUUGUAUUAGACACAAUGAAGCCUAUUCAGAAAUCCAAACAUAAAUGUGAGGUUAUUGCAAUUUAAAAAGAAAAAAAUGCGUGUUCAAACUGAGGCCGAGGUUUAGGCAGAACAGAUAUCCCCAAUAACCUUGCCUCCAUCAGCCGUUAAUUUCAGCCAUUACGCUGCGCAGACACCAAGGUGGAGGUUAUAAAAACCACCAGGCGGGAUGCUUCACUAGACCUCUGGAGCUGUUUUUCCGUGAGCAUCCUAUUUUUUUGCAGGCAGAAAAGCUGCACUGGAAACCGGUUGGACAUCGUCAUUCCUCGACCAGCUCUCCCACUGUGGUUUGGCUCAGAUAAAUUGUCGCCCCCUCUAAUCUCGCAGAUUGUCGGCGAGUUACUGCAGUCGAUGCUGCAGUUUUGAGCCGCUCCUGCGCCGGGACAGCAGACUCAAUGAGAAAGACAUGCUUGCCUUCGUCCUGGUGUCUGGGUCGCUCUGGAUUAUAUUAGAGCUGAGUUCCACCCUGAUGGAGAAGAUGCAGGCCCAGGAGCUGUUGAGCGGCCUGAGGAUCCCAGAGAUGGACGAGCUCAGCCAGUUCUUCCGCUCCCUGCCGACCUCCACGCUGGUGGGCAUCGGUGCCCUGACCGCCGUGCUGGCCUACUGGCUCGCCACCAGGCCGCGAGCCAUCAAGCCCCCCUGCGACCUGCUGCACCAAUCUGAGGAGGUGCCGCAUGAAGAUGGAGGUCGCAGGUCCAUGAUGGGCGACAGCUCCAAGCUGCUGGCUCACUACCAUGACGAUGCCAGGACCAUGUACGAAGUCUUCCAGAGAGGCCUGCACAUAACUGGUGAUGGUCCUUGCCUCGGCACUCGACUCCCAAACCAGCCUUACAAAUGGUUGUCAUACAAAGAGGUCACGUCUCGGGCCGAGCAUCUGGGGUCGGGCCUGCUGCAUCAGGGCUGCCAGCCCAACCCCAACCAGUUCAUUGGAGUGUUUGCACAGAACAGGCCAGAGUGGAUCAUCUCAGAGCUGGCCUGCUACACUUACUCCAUGGUGGUGGUACCGCUCUACGACACACUGGGUCCCGAUGCCAUACGGUACAUCAUCAACACCGCCGAGAUCUCCACAGUCAUCUGCGACAAGGCAGAGAAAGCCCAGGUACUUUUGGGUAACGUGGAGCGGCAGGAGACUCCGGGCCUACGGAGAAUCAUCCUUAUGGACGCCUUUGACUCCGAACUCGUGGAGCGCGCUGAGAGCUGUGGCAUCCAUCUGCAGUCCCUUAGUGAGGUGGAGGCCCUGGGCAGAGAGCAUUACACAAAGCCAAUACCACCAGCACCAGAGGACCUGUCCAUUGUGUGCUUCACCAGUGGCACCACAGGAAACCCAAAGGGAGUCAUGCUCACGCAUGGGAACGUGGUGGCGGAUUUCUCAGGCUUCCUAAAAGUGACAGACAAAGUCAUUUUCCCCAACCAGGAUGAUUGCCUCAUUUCCUUCCUGCCGCUGGCUCACAUGUUUGAGAGACUCAUUGAGUCUGUGGUGUACUGCCAUGGUGGGAGGAUCGGGUUCUACCAGGGUGACAUCCGUCUCCUGUCAGAUGACAUGAAAGCCCUGCGGCCCACCAUCUUCCCUGUGGUGCCUCGACUGCUCAACCGUAUGUAUGACAAGAUCUUCAGCCAGGCAAACAGUCCGCUGAAGCGCUGGCUGCUCAACUUUGCAGCAAAGAGAAAAAGUGCUGAGGUCAGCAGCGGGAUCAUUCGCAGUGACAGCAUCUGGGACAAAAUCUUCUUCAGUAAGAUUCAGGCCAGCCUGGGCGGGAGGCUGAGGAUGAUUAUAACAGGCGCGGCUCCCGCCUCGCCGUCUGUCCUGGGAUUUCUCAGGGCAGCCCUGGGAUGCCAGGUGUACGAGGCAUAUGGCCAGACGGAGUGUACGGCCGGAUGCACUUUCACCACUCCUGGAGAUUGGACAUCAGGUCAUGUUGGUGCCCCACUGCCAUGUAACCUCAUCAAACUGGUGGAUGUUGCUGAGAAGAACUACUUUGCCUCGAAGGGAGAGGGAGAGGUGUGUGUGAAGGGGCCGAAUGUGUUCAAGGGCUACCUCAAAGACCCAGAGAGGACUGCCGAGACACUGGAUGCCGACGGCUGGCUGCACACCGGAGACAUCGGCAAAUGGUUACCUAACGGCACACUGAAGAUCAUUGACAGGAAGAAGCACAUCUUCAAGCUGGCACAGGGCGAGUACAUAUCCCCCGAGAAGAUCGAGAACAUCUACAUCAGGAGUGAACCUGUGGCACAGCUCUAUGUCCAUGGAGACAGUCUGCAGUCUUGUUUGGUGGGGAUUGUGGUUCCGGACCCAGAGGUCAUGCCUGAAUGGGCCAAGAAGAAAGGCAUGCUGGGCACCUACAAGGACCUCUGUAAAAAUACGCUACUAAAGAAGGCUAUCCUGGAAGACUUGGUGCGUUUGGGCAAGGCCAAUGGCCUCCACUCUUUUGAGCAGGUGAAGAACAUCUACAUCCACAACGAGAUGUUCUCCAUCCAAAACGGCCUCCUGACCCCGACACUAAAGGCAAAGAGACCCGAGCUGAAGGAGUUCUUCAAGGAGAAGAUUGAAAACCUCUACAGCAGCAUCUCCAUGUGAAGGCCGGCAGACCUCCUCUCUCCCACCAAACAUCUUAACACUAAGAUCCUUUUGACCAUUGACUGACAGUGGAACAAAGACACGAUACCUUAGGCUUAACAUGCUUUUGGAAAGCAAGCCAAUAAUGACUUGCGACCUGCUGUCCACUGAGACAAAAUAACAAAUGCCCCGUCCCCAGCAGCUGUAAGUCAUCGGCAGUUGUACAAGCAAUCCAUACUCCCUUCUUCCCUUCUCUCCUCCAUCAGUCCAAACCCACCAACCAAACACAAUCGAAGUCCACAGUCUUGCAACUGCAAGCGUGACGUCUAUGUCUGUACUGUAGCUCAAUGAGAUUUGUAGAUUUCUAGUAAUGCUGGCACCUGCAGGACAGUAAUGGACCUCCAACCCGAUGGACAACAAUUGAUUUUUAUCCAGUCGAACAAACCGGUGCUGUUGUUCACCCCCAUAGAUACAAACUGGUUGAAACUGCGUCCAACUUGAAAAUUGUCAAUUCAAUCAAAAUGGUGUUUGCUCUAUCUGAGGUCAGAAUUUAGUGUAAAAUCAGUGCAGUAGCAGCCAUACCACACAACUAAAUGUUGCCCACACUGCUCCAUGACGAGCAGCUCAGUGUUUCAGCUACAUCCAAAUCAUCAUUUGCUUCAGUCACUCAUUUUUCCAUGGAUUCUUUCAUUUCUACAUGGCUGUGAUUGUCAAUUUAGCCUGCAUGCUCCUGGUUUAAACAAAGGCCUGGCUAACAGUAACAUUAAUUAAGAGUCACACACCACCAUUGACACAAUUAGAACAUUUUUUAUUUUAUUUUAUUUUUGGAUCCAUAUUCACGCAGAGUAGGUCAGGUAAAAGAGGAAAAAAAAAAAUCAAAUAAUGCAAAACCAGGGCUCAGGGCAAUGCAUGCAACAUGCCCUGUAAUGCUGGGACCAUUACCAUGUGACUUGAAAAAAAAAAAAAGAUGAGUAUUUCUUUGUGGGCAUUAAUAGCAGGUUGUAUUAAGCCGUCCACUGCUGCUAGUGCAAGGCUUUGUAAUGUAGUCAAAGCCUAUGAGUUCCAUUCACUGAAGGAAGAUAGAACAACAUGGACUUUCAAACAAAAAAACAAAAAAUGAAAAACAAACAAAAAAAAAAAAAAGAUUUUUUUGGGGGGUUUACAUGUAGAAGUAAUGUAUAGGCUUUUUUGAGUUGAUUACUGUCCCAAAGCAUAAACAAUGUGGAUGUACAUAAAUGAGGACAACUAGAUGUAAGCAUAUUUAUUAAAACAACGGUUUGAAUGGAA